AUGGGAAGAGCCAAAGGAUGUUGGAUUAAUCAGCUCAUUUUAGAACCUCGCUUUAAAAUGUUAAAUUUUGUUUCUAAUGUGGAAAAAAAUAUUGUUAAAGAAAAAAUACCAAAUUUGUUAUCACAAGAUAAUAGUAAUCAUUAUAUUAACAAAUCUUUACGCAUAAAAGAUCAAAAAAGUGGUUUCUCAUUUUUUGAUGAUGAUGAGUGUGAAGAUGAAAACUUCAAUAAUCAAGAUGCAAAUAGUGAAUUAAGUUUAUAUUUAGAAAAUCCACAAAUAACAAUUAAAGAAAAUGUGAAUCC